AUGUCACACCUACCACUGUUUGACAAAGGUUUUCCUGCUUACAUAAAAGAAAUUUUCGGUAAAGUCAAUGUAUAUUGGUACCAAGCAGAAUUCACACAAAGUCGUUAUCCACCUGGUCAAGAAAUUAGUGAAGCAUGCACUUUAAUUUGUCUACUAGUAGCCCAGCGCAUCAGUCAAUUAGACUUGCAAAUUAUAAGUAUUGAUAGUAUUUCACCGUUUAACGCGAUAAUAGCUGAAGCAAUAAUAGAAGGCAACAGUAUACAUUCUUACAUUAUAAAAAAUAAAUUGAUCUCAGAUCCGUAUUUAAAUGCAGAAGAAGCUCUUCAGUUUGGAGGCAAAAAAUUGAGUCCAUUGAAAGAAUGGAAAUUUCAAGUUUUCCAUGAACAUUUAGACAGUAGUUUAUUCAGAAAUAUUAAAGUAUUUCUUUAUGACUGGUACAGGUGUCCUAAGUCACAAAAUCUAUUUAUGUUGUUGAUCACCUGUGGUAGAACAAUACUUUUCACUUUCCAACAACAAAUUAAAGUGGUAACUCUGUUUGACUCUCAUGGCCACAGUAGUGAAAGAUAUCCUAAUAGGGGAUUAGUAGUGGCACAAUCGCUAAUUGAGCAUUUAGAAGAAUUGUGUAAAUGGUAUAUAAGGGAUGUUAUACACAAUUGCUACCAAGUGGUUGCUGACCAGUAUGAGUUAUCUUGUUUAUAUUACCAACAGCAACAGCCUAAAAAAUCGAAUGGCUGUCGCGAAUGUAGGUGUAGUGCAACAAGCAAAAGUAUUAAUUAUUAAAACAAAAAACGCCAAAC